UUGGCUCCUGCGGACGCCGCCGGAGAAGGCUGGGCUGUGCCUCUCGCUGAGGCGCCUUCGGACUGCACCGCUCCGCCGCGGCCGAGAGGGGGCGCUGCUAAGGGAGGAAUUGUUCCUUGAAAUGGCAAAAGCUCUCGUGUAACUUCAGUUGUGAACAGCUUUCUCAGCGUACAGUAAGAAUUCAUCCAAAAGUACCGAUGCAGGAAGCAUCCUGAGUGCUGGUGUAUUCAUGAAGAGGAAAACUUGAACUUUGUUCUUUGUCCAUGGCCUCGGAAGACCUUGCAGGCCAAGUACCAAAUUUCUACAUUCGGCAGAACUCUACCAAUGCCGUUUCUCUAGAUUUUGAGCCUGAUGCCAGCUAUCAGUUUGUGGAAAUCUUAGAAGAUCGGUACAAAUGUACCCGUUGCCAUCUGGUCCUUCAUAAUCCUCAUCAGACAGGAUGUGGGCACAGAUUUUGCCAGCGAUGCAUAACCUCUUUAAGAGAACUGAAUGUCAUACCCACCUGUCCAAUAGACAAAGAAAUAAUAAAAUCUCAUGAGGUUUUCAAAGACAAUUGCUGCAAAAGGGAAGUUCUCAAUUUGCAAGUAUACUGCAGGAAUUCACCAGCUUGCAAUGCAAAAACGACUCUGGGGCGAUACCAGGAUCAUCUACAACAGUGUUUAUUUGAAAGCAUACAAUGCAUUAAUGAAGGAUGUUGUGAAAAAGUUCUUCAGAAGGAUCUGAAAGAACACCUAAGAUUGCACUGUAACUUUCGAAAGGAACUCUGCCGGUACUGUCAUCAGCCUGUGAUUUCAAUUAAUUUAAAGACCCACGAGAGAACAGAUUGUCCUGAGUAUCCAUUGAUUUGUCCCCAUGGUUGCACACAAACAAUUCUGACGAAAGAGGUAGAAGAACAUAUUCUGGUGUGUCCUGAAGUGGAAAUCGACUGUCCGUAUAAACAAUAUGGAUGUCCUACAAAGAUUAAAAGAGGAAAGGUUUUAGAACAUGAGAAUAUCUACUUGAGAGAGCAUAUGUUACAAAUACUGGACAGGAACUCAAAGCUUGAAAAUCAGAUCUCCGAGCUUUAUAAAAACCUAGAACAUAAAGAGAUAAAAAUUCAACAGCUGGCAGACAUGGUAAAAAAGUGUGAGAAAGAAUUCAGGCAGUUUACACAACUAUACAGUAAAAAUAACAACUUACUGGCAAGCACCCAGACUCUUGCAAUUCACAUUGAUAAAUCUGCCUGCCUGGAAACACAAGUAAGACAGUUGGUUCAAAUGGCAAAUCAGCAACAGAGUAAAUUUGACCUAAGGCCACUACUGGAGACUGUUGAGAACAUAAAGCACAAAGUUGCUUUUCUGGAAUCAUAUGAACAACGUUUGGUUGUCCUGGAAGACUUGUCCAACCAGCAUGAUAUCCACCUGGGUCUCCACAAGGCACAACUGAACAAAAAUGAAGAACGGUUUAAGCUUUUGGAAGGGACCAGUUACAAUGGGAAACUGAUUUGGAAAAUUGUCGAUUACAAGACGAAGAAGAAAGAGGCCGUGGAGGGCAGUUGCCUCUCCAUAUUCAGCCAGCCUUUUUAUACCAGCCGCUGUGGGUACAGGUUAUCUGCCAGGGCUUAUCUAAACGGCGAUGGUUCAGGAAAGGGUACCCAUGUCUCCUUGUACUUUGUUGUGAUGAGAGGGGAAUUCGAUUCCCUCUUACCAUGGCCUUUCAGGCAAAAGGUUACACUUAUGCUUCUGGACCAAAGCGGGAAGAAAAACCAUAUUGUCGAAACAUUUAAAGCUGAUCCGAACAGCAGCAGCUUCAAAAGGCCAGAAGGAGAAAUGAAUGUCGCCUCUGGCUGCCCUCGGUUUGUUCCACACACUCUGCUUGAAAAUGCGAAGAGUACCUACGUCAAAGAUGAUACAAUCUUCCUGAAAGUGGUGGUGGAUUUGAGUGAUCUGGAAGAGUUGUGAGAGAACUAUUAAGCGUGACAACUGGGCGACUUCACACAAAAGGGGAAAAGCUGCUUUUCAAUUUGCUGACAUCCUUUUUAAUACACAUUGAUAGUUUUGACAACUGUUUUUGUAGUUUUUUCAAAGCUGCUUUAAGGAAUUUGGUUAGGUCUGCAAUUAGGCCAAUAUUAAACAGAUAGCAAAACUUGAUAUUAUGACUUCUUUUUACCUGUUUCGAAGUCUUAACUGAGUGAACGAUCUCAGGAGCCAUAUUUUUCACAUGAUAACCGCAGCAAGAUAUCUUAGAACACAAAAGUAGUGCCACUGAUUCCACUCAUUUUAUCACAAGUAUAGAGGUGCUAAGAAGGGUUGUGUGUAUUUCAUGAAGGCCAUGAAUGUGAAAGGAUGCUGAACUUAGCCUUGGUUAUUAAUGAGACAUCUUUCACAUCUGUCAUCCACAAUAGCAAUAUAAUCCCCUGCAUUGCUAGAACCAAAGUAUUCUAGAACAAAAGUAUUCUAGAAUUUACUGGAGGUUCACGUAAAAUGUGCAGAAAAUUCCAUCUCGAUCUUGGGAAUGUGAAGCUAUGGUAGAAUAGACCCUUUUUCCUAAACAUGAUCUAACCAUGCCUUGAAAGCAAAGGUGCAAACAGGAAAUAUCUCUAGAUUGUGAUUUUAGGAUACUUGGGUUUAUUUUAUUGGUGUCAUUCUCCAGCAUGUUUAUUUGUAAAUAUUAUAUCCUCGUUGGUAUCACUGUUACAAGCCAAAUUCAGAAAACCUAGACUUGUUUUGAUCAGGUGUAUCUAACUUUGUCUUGUUCAAAAGUAGAGUAGGUGCAAAUUUUUGUGUUUCAGGAGCAAUUUGAGAAACU